AGAGCUAUCGGGGCAGUUGCCCUGUGUGGAGUUUCUGUCUCCCUGGCAGUGCUGGCCUGAUGGCCUGCCACCAAUAUCAUGGCCUCCAGUAAAGGAGCUGGGCUGAGCGCCACCUGGGGCCCUGUGGGUAGGCAGCUACAGCGGGAGAUGAUGACAUUCAUGCUAUCUGGUGACAAAGGAAUUUCCGCUUUCCCUGAAUCAGACCUUUUCAAAGAGGUAGGGAAUACCCAGGGAGCAGCUGGCACAGUAUAUGAAGACUUGAGGUAUAAGCGCUCCCUCGAGUUCCCCAGAGGCUAUCUUUACAACACACCCACAGUGAAGUUUCAUACACCUUGUUACCACCCCAAUGUGGGCACCCAGAGAAACAUCUGCCCGGACAUCCUCAAAGACAAGUGGUCUGCCAAGCUCUGGAAAGAAAAAUCCCACAGCUUUUAAGAAGUACCUGUAAGGAUCUACUCAAAGCAAGUCUAUGGCCAAGAGCCCCGACCUGAGCUGUCCAGACUCUCCUGUGUUGUCUGUUUUUUUCUUUGUCUGUCCUUUUCCCUGAUUUUUGUAUGGGACUCUGUUACCUUGAGCUAUAGUGUUGUUUUUGUUAUGUUUCUGU